AUGGAACCUCAAGGCCUUAAAAAUGGAUGCACUCAACAAAUAAUAUUUUUUGAUGAUUUGUCUUUUUUGGAUGAUAAAACAAAUAAAGAUUUUAAUGAAAUAAUGUAUGCAUAUUUAAAUGAUAAAAUGGCAAAAUAUCCCAUAAUCUUCAUGAUCACAGAUGUGAAUGAUGCCAACAAUGAUUAUGCAAGAAAAGAUGAGAUUAACAACAAAAAUAUUUUUACCUCAAAUGUUGUUAAUUCAGAAAGAUGCAAACACAUAAAGUUUCUUGCCAUAGCAACAUACUUGAUGAUAAAUGCUCUUCAAAAAUACAUCAAUAAAAAAUAUGGAAAUGACAAACAAAAAAGAUCAAAAUUAAUUCCAUCAAUUGAAAAAAGAACAAAUGGUGAUCUUAGACAAGCGAUCAAGCUUUUAAGAUCAUUCCUAACCCACGUACCUGGAGAAGUAAUGGAAGAAAUAAAUUCAAGCAUCAUCAAUUACGACACAACGUUAAACGUUUUAUCUCAUGACUAUUUAACAGAUAAAUACACUGUUGUUAAAAAUGUAUUAUAUAAUUUUAGGACUGAACCUAAUGUUUUUAAUGAAACAAGUAUCAAACUUAAAGAGUUAAUUGGAAAGGAAGUUGUCCCUGAUGAAAUGCCUGAUCGACAUCCUAUUAAAAUAAUGCCUGAAGAUUCUUUGGAUAAUCUUGAUCAUGAUUUCUACCUUGAUUUAUUGCAAAACAAUUAUAUAAAUCAUUAUAGUAAUAUAUCAGAGAUAGCAUUUGUAGCUGAAAGGUUAAGUAGAUCAGAUUGUUUGAUUGGAUGUGGCGACAUUACGGUUAGUAAUGGUCUAUAUAUGUUAUGA